GCCCUUCCACCAAAGUCGUAUGAAGAAGAACUGAAGCAUCGUCGAGAGUACGAAAUCAUGGUUCAAAAGGCGAAAAAUAAGGAAUCGAAAGAGGCGAAACAGAAAAGAAGAGAGGCUCGAAGGCAGCUCAGACAAGAAGAGCAAAUCUCUGCGGCGGUGCGCGAGUGGACUAACAUUUUACCUCAUUGGAACGAAUUAAAGUCGACCAAGAAAGUCAGGGAGCUUUGGGGCAACGGUUUGCCUCCGUGCGUUCGUGGUAAGGUUUGGAUGCUGGCCAUCGGCAACGAACUGAACAUUACGAAAGAGCUUUUUCAAAUCUGUGUUUCGCGGGCUCAGGAGAGAUUGAAGAAGGCGGAAAAAGAAUCGGCGGACAAGGCGAUGACGAACAAACCUGUAAGCGCUGACUGCGAAAACGACGCCGUAAACCGGGAGAACAGCGUUGAGGUGAUUCACCUGGACCUUUCGCGAACGUUUCCCAGUCUGGGCAUUUUCCAGCAAGGCGGCCCCUACUACGAUGCUCUGCUGACCCUUCUCGGUGCCUACGUGUGCUACCGUCCGGAUGUCGGAUACGUUCAAGGCAUGUCGUUCGUGGCUGCCGUACUCCUACUUAAUCUCGACCUGUUUGAUGCGUUUACGGCUUUCGGCAACCUGAUGAAUCAUCCGUGCCUGAUUGCGUUUUUCCAGGUGAAGCAGGAGGACAUGAACAUCUAUUUCUCCGCUUUCGAGCGCUGUCUCCAGUCGCUGUCGCCUGAUCUGUACCAGCAUUUUCUGUCCCUGGACAUCAGGCCGAAUUUGUACUUGAUCGACUGGCUUUACACCAUCUAUGCAAAAUCGCUUCCAUUGGAAAUCACCUGCCGGAUAUGGGACGUGUUUUUGCGAAUACUGACUCUGUACAAAGACUCUUUGCUGACGUUGGAUUUCGACCGAAUCGUUCAUUUUCUCACUCAUCUGCCGGACAAGGUUCCGACGGACGAUUUGUUCAAGUGUAUCGAUUCACUGCGAAGUACUUUACAGAAGGAACGCAAGUCGUUUUGUACCUUUUUGCAAAGCUGUAGAGACGAAGAUGCGUCCAAGUCGUAG